GGCACCAAGAUUAUCCUUUUCAAGCCGUCGAAGCAAUGCAAAGCUUUUUUUACAUUGCUUGCUUCAAGCUUGUCGCGAUGCGGCAGGUCGUAUAAAGAGCUUGAGCAGACGACGGCGCCAGGCGCGCUGGUCGAUGCCGUCGGUACCGAGCACGUGGAAGUCUCAUAAACCAAUGAGGGAGUAACAAAGAUAAGCACGUGGAUUUCCUACAACUCUUGCUCGCUCUCCAAUGUUGCCUCCUGCGUCUAUCUGACCGUACAAGCCGUGUCAUUAUUCCGCACGAUGGUACGUUGGGUCAAAUCCCUGUAGGCCGAACAUUGAGGCGGCAGAUUGUGUGCCAUCCGCGUGCAGGGCUAGGUCAAAGCAUGGUCGACAAGCAAGCGAAUAUAAAAGAAAGCAGGCCAUUGGCAUUCAUGCUGGCAUGCUUCCGCUCGCUUUUCCAACAGCAACAUGAAGAACACCCUUGGAGCUGUCCUAUCGGGCCUUGCCCUAGUCUCAGCAGCACCACCUGCUUCUCGUCGCGACGUCGACACUCGUUUUCCUUACACCGGACCCGCUAUCCCAGUGGGUGAUUGGGUUGAUCCUACCGUCAAAGGGAAUGGCAAGGGUUUCCCUCGUUUGGUCGAGGCUCCGGCUGUAAAGCCUAAGCUGUCUAACCCUACCAACAAUGUCAACGUGAUCUCGCUGGCUUACAUCCCUGGUGGCAUUCACAUCCAUUAUCAGACACCUUUUGGCCUGGGAACUUCGCCUCAGGUACAAUGGGGCACUCAGCAGGACAACCUUUGCAAUAUUGCCGUCGGAGAAUCGAACACCUAUGCACGCACUCCUCCAUGUUCCCUGGCUCCUGUCACCCAGUGCAGUGAACAUUUCCAUGAAGUUCAGAUCACUGGCCUCAAGCCCAACACCAAGUACUGGUACCGUAUCCCAGCUGCGAACGGCACCACCGAAUCUCAGGUGCUCAGCUUCCGCACAGCGCAUGCUGCUGGCGACAGGUCCGAGUUCACUAUCGCGGUCUUGAACGACAUGGGCUACACCAAUGCUCAUGGCACACACAAGUAUCUCAACAACGCCGUUGAAGAUGGCCUUGCCUUUGCCUGGCAUGGAGGUGACAUUUCCUACGCAGAUGAUUGGUAUUCGGGUAUCUUGCCGUGCGAGGAUUCUUGGCCCGUCUGUUACAAUGGCAGCUCGACCAGGCUUCCCGGUGGCCCUCCUUACCCUGCUGAAUAUCUCAGCGCGCCGUUGCCCGCUGGAGAGAUCCCAAACCAGGGCGGACCACAGGGUGGCGACAUGUCCGUCCUGUACGAGUCCAAUUGGGAUCUUUGGCAACAGUGGAUGAACCCUAUCUGGAGCAAAGUCCCAUAUAUGGUGCUCCCAGGAAACCACGAAGCUGCCUGCGCGGAAUUUGAUGGAGGCAACAACACACUCACCGCCUACCUCAACAACGACAAGGCCAAUGCUUCCGCACCAAAAUCUGCUUUGAACUAUUACAGUUGCCCUGAGACUCAAAGAAACUUUACAACAUUCCAACACCGCUUCCGCAUGCCUGGAGAGGAGAGCGGUGGUGUCGGCAACUUCUGGUACUCUUUUGACUACGGUCUCGCCCACUUCAUCAGUAUCGAUACUGAGACCGAUUUUGCGUACUCGCCCGAGUGGCCUUUCGUCCGUGAUCUCAAAGGAAACGAGACUCUGCCAACUGAGGCUCAGACUUUCAUCACUGACAGCGGUCCUUUUGGUCGGAUUGAUGGUAAUAAUUGGAAAGACAACAAGGCCUACGAGCAGUACCAGUGGUUGGCUAAGGAUCUCGCCAGUGUUGACCGUACCAAGACUCCCUGGAUCUUCAUUAAUGGCCACCGUCCCAUGUACAGCAGUCAGACGGCGGCCUAUCAAAAGAACAUUCGCAAUGCGUUUGAGGAAUUGAUGCUCGAGCAUGGUGUAGACGCAUACUUUGCAGGCCACAUCCACUGGUAUGAGCGACUCCUUCCGAUGGGUCUCAACGGCACCAUUGAUACUGCUUCCAUCAAGGACAACAACACGUACUAUGUCAACGAGGGCAAGUCGAUGGCCCACAUCGUCAACGGUAUGGCAGGUAACAUUGAAUCGCACAGCAGUCUGGAUGCAGACCAGCCGAUCCUCAACAUGACUGCCGUUUUGAACAUGAGAGACUAUGGUUUUAGUAAGCUGAAGAUAUCUUCUACUUCUGCUACCUGGGAGUUCAUUAAGGGUGCUGAUGGAUCUGUCGGUGAUAAGCUCACUUUGAUCAAGAAGGGCAAAUGAAUAGAUUGUCGCAGUUAGCCCCGUGUAUUGAGACUGUUCAAUGCGCUGCAAUAUAUAUCAAAGUCACCACUUGUUUGUUCCUCU